GCAUGUCUUUCCAGUAAUAAAGUGAAGCAUGAACUAGAGAAACCUACUAGAGUGGACAUAGAGUUAAAAUAACAGUAUCAGGAAAAGACUAAGACAAAGAAAUGGUUCAGUUAUGGAAAACAUUUGUUUUGCUUAUGGUCAUAAGGGAAUCAGUAUCACAGGAAGUGAAAUGUUACAGCAAGUUUGAUAAGAAUCUGGGAAAUUGUGCCAAUCUCCUGGGAAAUGUGGGAAUGGAUGACUGUUGCCUUAACACGCACUAUGGAUACACUGGAGAUGAUGGAAAGUGCAAGUCUUGUGGGCCACCUUUAUGGUCUGAAUGGACAGCUUGGAGCAGCUGCUCUGUCCCCUGUAAAGAGGGAGUUAUGCAAAGACGACGAGAAUGCCAUGGACAGGGAAAAUGUGCUCAAACAACUGACCCUAUGAAGCUUCUGCAACUCACGUUAGAGACCAAACCGUGCUUUGAGUCAGACUGUUGUCCAGAACAGGGACAUUGGAGUGAGUGGGGUCAGUGGGAGCCCUGUUCAGUGACUUGUGAGAAGGGCAUGAGGAAGAGAAUGAGGACAUGCACAAAACCUCCACCUAAAUGUGGAGGCAGCUGCGACGGUCCAAGUGAAGAGAAGGAACCCUGUGUGACUGGUCAAGUCUGCCCAAUGCAUGGCGGUUGGUCAAACUGGGAAAGCUGGAAGGCAUGCUCGGGCACAUGUAUAAGUGGUGGUCUACCUAAACCCACACAGCAGCGCAACAGAUUGUGUACCAACCCACCACCAUCCUCAGUGCCCCCUGGUAAUCAAUGCCCUGGGUUAGGGAAUGAGAUUAGGGACUGUGUUGAGCUUCCUUUCUGUCCUGUCAAUGGUGAAUGGGGAUCGUGGGGCCCCGCCAGCUCCUGCUCCGUUACCUGUGGGGUGGGAGUUAAUGAAAUGCUUAGAGAGUGUAACAACCCAGCCCCUGCACAUGGAGGUCAGGCCUGCUUGGGAUCCAAUAGAAAGACAACAAUCUGCAAUACUAAAAUGCAUUGCCCAGUGGAUGGUGAAUGGUCGCAGUGGGCAGAAUGGGAAAAAUGUACAUCUAGUAGAGGAAAAAUUAAUUGUAGAAAAAUUGGUGGAAGUCAAAGACGACAAAGAUGGUGUGAUCACACAGCUUUUGAUGGGAAGACGUGUCAUGGAGGGAUUUCAGACUACAGGCCCUGUUUUGACAUAGAUUUCUGCAACUUUAAUGGCAAAUUGAGUGAAUGGAGUGAGUGGAGUCUGUGUGAGCCCCCCUGUGGAGAAGGAUCCAGAAGGUCCAGAGAAAAGAAGUGCACACCUGAUCUGUCAGAAUACCCUGAGAAAAUCGGGUAUCCUGUUAAGACUACAGCAUACUUUUAUGGGAUACCUAAAGUAAAGUGUCCUGAAACAGAACCUCCAACUGAAAUUAAGCAGAUUCUGGCCUGCAUGAAUGUCCCUCCUUGUGACAGAAUCUCUUGACUGCUUUGAAAGGACCUCUUAAGCCAACUCAAUGUUCAACAAUCACCACGCCACGUCUACACGGGAAUAUCCUGUGUAUUGUCAACUUCAAAAUGACACAUCUAAUUGAUUUAGUAAUGUGAUUUCAAUGCCUGUCAGUGACACAAGGAGGUUAAUAACUUUCGUAAUGAUAAUAAUGUAAUUUCUUAAAUAAAUAAAAAUAUUGUUAAGUCAAUGAAUUUAAA